CCCUCACGGAAGUUGAUUUUGCCACAUUUUGUUCACCCAAUUCAACCAACAUUCCUUCCCAAAAUGGCCAAAAAAUUUCUUGUUUCAGAGAAAAUGUGUCUGUGUUAAUUAGAUUUAUGGGGAAAAAAGGAGGGAAAUGCAGGCUAUGGUGGCCAGCCCAUCUUUCCUCAACCCUUCAACCCCAUUCUCCUUCCCACUCCUUCACUCUUUUCUUCGGUUGGUUCAUUUCUUCCCAGUCCUCCUCCUUUUCUUCUUCGGAGCCCUCCCUCGAUAUCGUCGUCGCUUUUGGCUUGGAGGAUUCUGCACUUGUUUCUUCUUCUGUAAAUCUUCAGGAAAUUCUUCAUCAAACAGAUGGGAACAUGCCUCUAUCUCUACAAGAUAAAUGUACACUUUCCGUGCUGGGUUAUUGUGAAGCAGAUUCAAGUGGCAAUGGUCAGCCAGAAAUGAAUUUAACUAAAACAGUUACUCAGACGUGCUCAACUGAUGGUGGGAAAACCUUCCCUGGUAGCCAGAGUGUAGUUGUGGGCAAGAAUGGAAUUCAUGCAUGUGGAUGCCACAAGGUUCAUGCAUUACUGGAACAGCUUAGGCUGGCUUUUGUACAAAAUGAGAACUGGUUCCAACUUAUUUCUGGUUUUCCUCAAACUACAGGUCGAAAAUUGCAGCUCAUUCCAGAAUUGCAUCACCUGCAUUGGAAUGGGGAAACCAUUUCUCAGUUAGAUCUCCACGUUAUCAUUUAUGAAAUUCCAAAAUUUAGUAGCCACCACUAUUCACUGGGUUCUCGGAGUUUGUCUGAGAAGAUGAGAUCUUCUAUCAAGAAACCCCAAUGGUUUGAAGAUCUCAAGCAGAAGAAGCAAUAUCUUGAUCUGGACACUGUCAUUCUGGCUAUUAACAGUGCUCAUGCUGCUAAGAUCCUUUCAGAAAGGCAGCUGCCUGUGACUUCUUGA